AAUUGUGAUUAUAAAUUUCACUUGGCUGACAAUAAGUGUAGCGAUCGUAGGACUUUUUGGCAAGAACAAUGGCAUCGAAUACCGGUAAAACAAUAUACGGUGGACCAGUAAAAUUUACCUGGGAAAAUGCAAAUUCUUUUGGUGAAUUCUGUUACAAUCGGAUUAAACGACAAGGUGAUAACGUCUUGCUUAUCGACGGAAUAACAGGCGAGCAAAUAACGGCUGCGCAAAUUCUUUAUAAAAGUAUUCGAGUAGCUGAGUGUCUUCUGCACUAUGGUAUCAAAGCCGGCGAUUGUGUGGGAAUAUGCAGUGAGAAUCGAUUCGAAGUCCCUUAUGUUAUGUUUGCUGUGUUUUUCAUUGGCGCCACAUACGCUCCCUUCAAUCCCGCUUACAGCGAAAGGGAACUGUUGCACGCCAGUAGCUUAUCAUUACCGAAAAUAAUUUUUGCUUCUCAUGCUACACUCGAUAAGGUACAACGUGUCAGAGACGAGAACAAAUUCAUUAAAAAAGUAUUUGUUUUCGGUGACGAGUUCAUUAGUAAAAGUUACGCCAGUUUUAAUGUUUUUGUUCGAAAUGCCAAUGUACCAUCGAAAGAACAUUUUGAUUGUCCGCCACAGAAUAAAAUGGAAAAUAUUGGAAUAAUUUUCUGUUCCUCUGGUACAACUGGUUUGUUUCCAAAAGCGGUCCAAUUGACUCAAAACAACAUUUGGUUUUCUUUGGCAUUUGUGAUUCUAGAAACUGAAGGAAACGACUGUCGUUUAAGCGUAACGCCAUGGACGCAUGUUUUUGGCUGUUUUUCGCUGUUCCGAUCAGGGCUUCAUGGCACACAGAUAGUCAGUCUGCCAAAAUUCGAUGAGCCAGUUUACUUGAAAUGUAUUGAGCAAUUUAAAGUCAAAACACUGAUUGUGGUUCCGCCACUGAUGGUACUUUUGGCCAAGAGUACAAUUCUGGACAAUUAUGACCUGUCAAGCCUUCAAUAUGCAGUUUCAUCUGCAGCACCAUUGAGUAAAAAGAUAACAGACACCAUCCAGAAACGAAUCCCACAAUUGAAGAUCCGACAAAUUUAUGGAAUGAGCGAGUCGGGAACUUUCUUAUCGCAAAACAAUUCCUACUGUAAAUCGGGUAGUGUUGGUGUUGUCCGUGCAGGUGUCUCUGCACGAGUACUUAAUACAGAAACGGGUGAAGUUCUUGGACCCAAUGUGCCAGGUGAAUUAGUGUUCAAAGGUGACGGUAUAAUGAAAGGAUAUGUGAGGGACAUUGACGCAACUAAAGCAUGUUAUGACAAUGAAGGCUGGUUUCACACGGGCGAUAUUGGUUAUUACGAUGACGACGAAGAAUGGUUUAUUGUGGAUCGGUUGAAGGAGUUAAUAAAGUACAAAGGUUACCAAGUGCCACCUGCCGAACUUGAAGCUUUAAUAUUAACGCACCCGAAUGUGAAAGACGUUGGUGUUAUCGGUAUACCAGAUGAAUCAGCUGGCGAACUACCGCUGGCAUUUGUUGUAAGACAAGGCAAUUGCACUGAAAAAGAAAUUAGCGACUUUGUGGCCGCCCGAAUCUCUCAUGCGAAACGACUGCAUGGAGGUGUCAAAUUUAUCGACGAAAUUCCGAAAAAUCCUACCGGAAAGAUUUUGCGCAGACUUUUACGCGAUUCAAUAAAGCAACAGAAAUCAAAAUUGUGAAAAAUAAUUGUAAGAAAAUUAAAUGUUGCAAUAA